AUGGACGAUCAAGAUCUUCUCCUGUCUUCCACAUCCGGCGGCUCCCUAACCAAUCCCCCGGAACAGCCAUCAUCGUCGUCGGCCGCACCACAACCACCGGCGAUCAAGAAGAAGUCGUCGCGCAGAGGAGGCGACUCGGCGUCACAGAGGCGGCGCUGCGUGAGCACAGCAUGUAUAGCCUGCCGUCGGAGGAAAUCGAAAUGCGACGGAGCCGUGCCCAGCUGCGCUGCGUGCGCCAGCGUCUAUGGUACCGAGUGCGUCUAUGACCCGAACUCGGACCACCGCCGCAAGGGCGUCUACAAGGAAAAGGUCGAUAGCAUGAAGGCGCGCAACUCAACACUACAAAUUCUCAUCGAGGCUAUCCUCAACGCCAACGAGGAUGAGGUUCCUAACAUUGUGAAGAGAAUCAGGACCUGCGACAGCCUCGACACUGUCGCUGAACAGAUCCUGAAGCAUGAGACUAUGCUACAGGAAGCCGAGGAUAACGACAAUGGAGACGACGGCUAUACGAUCGACAUGCCUAUCGAGGGUGAGAGGGAACUCGCUCGCAAGAUGGGCGAGCUACGCCUCGAGAACGGCUCAGUACGCUUCAUCGGCGGCACAUCACAUCUCAUCUACCUCGGCGACUCAGGCGACGCCAACACAAACGAGCCCGAGUCCGACACGAACCUUGCUAAUGAGGACCCCGUCACCAGCUGGACAAGAGUUACGCAAGAUAAGGAACUCAUCGCCCACCUCAUGAACAUGUACUUCAACUGGCACUACACAUAUUUCACAACACUAUCAAAAACAUUGUUCUACCGUGACUUCUUCAAGGGGAAGCACGGACUAAAUUACAAAAGCACCAUUUACUGCUCACCACUCCUAGUCAACGCCAUGUUAUCUCUCGGCUGCCACUUCACAAGCGUGCCGGGGGCGUACGGGAUAUCGGGGGACAGCCGUACAAAGGGCGACCACUUCUUCGCCGAGGCGAAGCGCCUCAUUGUCGAUAACGACGAGUACGAGCGGCCCAAACUCACCACCGUCCAAGCCCUGGCACUCAUGUCCGUCCGGGAGGCCGGCUGCGGGCGGGAGGCGAAAGGAUGGGUGUACUCGGGCAUGGCCUUCCGCAUGGCCCAGGACAUUGGUCUCAACUUUGACGACGGCGGCAUGUCCACGGACAAGGAGAAUCUAGGCGAGCACGCUGUCGACGCGAGGCGGAUGACGUUCUGGGGGUGCUUCUUGUUCGAUAAGGCGUGGUCGAACUACCUGGGUCGCCUGCCGCAGAUACCAAAGGGUUCGUACAACGUGCCCAAGUACGACGUCUUUCCCUCUGAGGAUGCCGAGUUGUGGGCGCCUUAUACGGAUGCCGGGUUCGAUCAGACGUGCAAUCAGCCGUCGAGGACGCGAGCCGUGGGGUUGCAGCUCUCUAAGCUGUGUGAAAUCAGCAGCGAUCUGCUCUUGUUCUUUUAUCACCCAAACCACAUAGGACGCUCAAGUGGAAAAUCUGUGGAACUUAAGAAGCUAAGUGAGCUUCAUCGGAGGCUGGAGGACUGGCGAAUGGAACUACCAAACGAACUGGAACCAAAGGAAGGUCAACUCCCCAACGUGAUCCUCGUACAUAUGUUCUUUCACCUCCAAUACAUCCACCUCUUCCGCCCCUUCCUAAAAUACACACCCGCAGCCUCCCCUCUCCCAUCCCACGUCUCCCCACGUCGCAUCUGCACCGCCAACGCAGGCGCAAUCUCCAAACUCAUGCGCCUUUACAAGAAAACCUGGAACCUCCGACAAAUCUGCAAUAUUGCCGUCUACAUGGUCCACAGCGCCUGCACGAUCCACAUGCUCAACCUCCCCGAGAAGACAGCCAAGCGCGACAUCAUCCAUGGCGUCAAACACCUCGAGGAAAUCGCCGAAGACUGGCUCUGCGCGCGCCGCACGCUGAGCAUCAUCAGCGUGCUGGCGCGCAAGUGGAACGUUGAGCUGCCCGAGGAGGCCGAGGCCGUGUUGAGGAGGUCGGAUGAGACGUAUGGCACGUUUAGUACGUCGGAUGUGCCGUCGCCGAGGUCGAAUCUUACUGUUGGGUCGUCGCCUUCGCCUACGCAGGUUCCUGUUUCGCCGGUGGUGGGGAAGAGUGAUCAGUAUAGUCCGCUUAAUCAGUUUGCGCAACCGCAGACUGGUGAGCAGGAUGCGGCGCCUAGUCCGACGGAUCUGCUGAUGGCGAGCGCUUCUCUCGCGCAAAUUAGUGGUGCGAGGCCGCCCUCUCAUCAACCUCUCAACGGGUUGGGCAUGGGGCCAAGUUCCCUAGGCGGCUGGUCCCAACGCGGCCUCGCCCAGUCAAUACCAACAUACCAGCAGCAACAACAACGGUUCACCCCAAUGAACAAUAACCUUGCGCCAUCACAGAGUUCCCGCGCCGGUCCCGGUAGCACGCGACAGCAACUUUCACACGGCCAAGUCUUCCAGGGCCUGGAUCAGGACUGGUUCCUCAACGAUGGCGCCAAGUGGCACCAGAACUUUGAGGCGUGGAAUAUGGCUGCAUCUCAACCCGGCGGCGGCGGGGGGAUGCCGGCGAACGAUCAGAUGUUUAUGUUUUCGAGCGGGAAUGGAGGCAUGCAGCCGCCACCACAGCCACAGCCGCCAAGGCAAUCGUCUGAAGAUACAUCGAGUCCUAAUUUUGAGAGUUUGAAUUCGUUGGAUACUUCUCAUGGGUGGUUACCAGGGUUGGAUUAA